GGUUGUCCCUAAACCUCCUCUCCUUCGUCCGCGUCUCUUACUUAAAUGUUGGUGGGGGAAUGGAAGCAAACAAUCGAACACCUACAGUGCAUCCGGCGACGAGAUUUCAUAAAGAUCCUUAGAGAGAGGAAAAAGGGGCUCAGUGAUACUUCUGUUCUACUUUUCGCAUGCAAUGGAAGGUGGUGUUCACAAAGCAGAUAAAACUGAAUUUAAGGAAUGCUUUAAUUUGACAUGGAAGCAGCCUUAUAUCCUUCGUCUGGCAUUUUCUGCUGGCAUUGGUGGUCUGCUUUUUGGUUAUGAUACAGGUGUUAUCUCCGGAGCACUUCUUUACAUCAGAGAUGACUUCAAAUCAGUUGACAGGAGCACUGUGCUGCAGGAAACCAUUGUGAGCAUGGCUGUAGCUGGAGCUAUAAUAGGAGCUGGAUUCGGUGGAUGGUUGAAUGACAGAUUUGGAAGAAGACCUUCGAUUAUAUUGGCUGAUUUGUUGUUCUUCGUUGGUGCUAUAGUAAUGGCUGCUGCACCAAUUCCUGGAAUUUUAAUUCUUGGGAGGAUCUUUGUGGGAUUUGGAGUUGGGAUGGCUUCUAUGACCUCUCCACUGUACAUUUCUGAGGCUUCUCCUGCAAGAAUUAGAGGUGCUCUUGUUAGCACUAACGGGCUACUGAUAACAGGAGGACAAUUUUUGUCUUACCUUAUAAAUCUGGCAUUCACCAAGGCACCUGGUACUUGGCGAUGGAUGCUCGGGGUUGCAGCAGUUCCAGCACUUGUUCAAUUUUUGUUAAUGUUGUCCCUUCCUGAGUCACCUAGAUGGCUGUAUAGAAAG